UGCCUCACCAGGUCAUAUCUGCACAUUUGCAGUUAAUAGUCCCUUCACUGUUGCCAAUUGAGUGAUUUUCUUGCCGUAUUUAGCAACAUUUUAAAUAAAAAAUGUAUCGGUCAAAAUAGGAAUCGGCAGGUCAGACUUUUUAAAAUCUGUAAUCAGCAAUCAGUCAGAAUAGUGCAAUCGGGGAACAAUAGUUUAUCUGGUGAUUUCACUACUAAAUGAAAUUCCUUUCUCAUUUACUUUAAUAAAGUAAACCAUUCUUUGUUUUUCUGUGUUUUCUUGCCCAGAUUGCCUGCAACAUAACGUUUCUGAGGAGCAGAUAUGUAACCAGGAGAGGAGCUUCACUCUGGACAAGGACGAGUUAGAACCUCUGCAGGUGAAACAAGAACAGGAAUGGCCUGAAAAUCUGCAGAUAAAAGAAGAGCAGGAGGUCCUAGAGCAUCAGCAGAUAAAAGAAAAGCAGGAGGUUCUGGAACAUCAGCAGAUAAAAGUGGAUGAGAAAGAAGAUUACAACAGUCAGGGUGAUAAGCAGCUUGAGCUAAAACAAGAGACAGAUACCAGCAUGGUGGUUCCUAUUUUCGAGACAACAUACCACGCUGAAUCAGAAGCAGACAAGAAACAAGACAUCUUCCAGGAAGCUGCUGAUUCUGAGGACCAAAAUCAGGAAAGAAGAAAACCUUUCUCAUGUGCCAUAUGUAAAAAACGUUUCACUUUCAAAUCUGCUUUUGAGCCUCACAUGAGAACUCACUCUGGUGAAAAGCCAUUUUCAUGUGUGAACUGUGGAAAAAGUUUUCGUCGAAAACCGCAUUUAACUCGGCACAUGAUGAUUCACACUGGUGAAAAGCCGUUUUCAUGUGUGAACUGUGGAAAAAGUUUUCGUCGAAAACCGCAUUUAACUCGGCACAUGAUGAUUCACACUGGUGAAAAGCCGUUUUCAUGUGUGAACUGUGGAAAAAGUUUUACUCUAAAAUGGGAGUUAACUCAGCACAUGAUGAUUCACACUGGUGAAAAGCCGUUUUCAUGUGUGAACUGUGGAAAAAGUUUUCAUCGAAAACCGCAUUUAACUAAGCACAUGGUGAUUCACACUGGUGAAAAGCCAUUUUCAUGUGUGAACUGUGGAAAAAGUUUUAGUCGAAAACAUGCGUUAACUCGGCACAUGAUGAUUCACACUGGUGAAAAGCCAUUUUCAUGUGUGAACUGUGGAAAAAGUUUUAGUCAAAAACGGGAGUUAACUGAGCACCUGAUGAUUCAUACUGGUGAAAAGCCAUUUUCGUGUGUGAACUGUGGAAAACGUUAUAGUGGAAAACGGGAGUUAACUCGGCACAUGAUGAUUCACACUGGUGAAAAGCCGUUUUCAUGUGUGAACUGUGGAAAAAGUUUUCGUCUAAAACAGGCGUUAACUAAGCACAUGAUGAUUCACACUGGUGAAAAGCCGUUUUCAUGUGUGAACUGUGGAAAAAGUUUUCGUCGAAAACCGCAUUUAACUCAGCACAUGAUGAUUCACACUGGUGAAAAGCCAUUUUCAUGUGUAACCUGUGGAAAAUGUUUUCGUCACAAAAUUAAUUUAACUCGGCACUUGAGGCGUCACAUAGGUGAAAAGCUGUAGAAGUAUUUUCCAUACAUGUCCUAUGUUGAGGUUCACUAUGGAAUUGUUCUGGUUAUAAACUAGAAUAAAUGACUGGAGGGGUUUCAUGUCUAUAAACCUUAAAAUUUUUGUAUUUGUUAAAUGUUCACAUUUGGAUACUUGGAGAUGUGCCACCAUGACACAUUUUCCUGUGGAGAUGCUUUGUUUAUUUGGGUUUUUUUUGCAUAUUCUGUAUCAAAAAACAAUAAUGAUAAACUGUAUGUUAUUGUAUUAACAUACUGUUUAUGUCAAAAUGUAUGUUGUGUGUGCACAAAGUGAAGAGCAGAGGGCUCAGCACACAGCCCUGAGGAGUGCCAGUACUGAUGCUGAUAGAUGAAGAGGCUUGGGGGCCCACUGACUAUUUCAUGCAUUAACAGAGUUUGACCGGACAUGGACUCCCUUCCAGAACAUUCUCACAUGAUUGGACUUGAGGGAUUGAUUUGUAUUCUUCUACCCUGUACAGAGAAAGAGUGGGUGGGUGGAUAUUAUUUACUUUAAUACAUUUAUAAUCAAUAAUAAAAUGGGCUGUAAAUUUUCUUUAAUGGUUGUGCAUUCUCAAAAUGAUCUUUAAACA